AUGAAGGUGGACGAGCUCAUUAUUGAUGGGUUCAAGUCUUAUGCAACACGUACUGUGAUUUCGGGAUGGGACGCGUCUUUCAACGCCAUUACUGGCCUCAAUGGAUCUGGGAAAUCAAAUAUAUUAGAUGCUAUUUGCUUUGUUUUAGGUAUUUCAUCUAUGCAAACAGUGAGAGCAUCAAAUUUACAGGAUCUUAUUUACAAGCGAGGACAGGCUGGUGUAACUAAAGCAAGUGUCACUAUAGUAUUUAACAACUCUGAAAUCUCGAAAUCACCAAUUGGUUUUGAAAACUGUUCAACAAUUAGUGUUACGCGACAAAUCAUACUUGGAGGAACAUCAAAGUAUCUCAUAAAUGGACACAAGGCACAACAGCAAACAGUAUUGAGUUUGUUCCAGUCGGUGCAGUUGAACAUAAAUAACCCAAACUUUCUUAUCAUGCAGGGUAAAAUUACCAAAGUUCUUAACAUGAGGGCCAACGAAAUCUUGUCGCUUAUUGAAGAGGCAGCUGGAACUAGAACAUUUGAAGAGAAAAAAGCCAAGGCUAAAAAAAUUAUGCUGAAGAAAGAUACCAAGUUGCUUGAAAUCAAGACGCUUUUGAUUGAAGAAAUUGAACCCAAAUUUGAGAAAUUUCGAAAUGAUAAAAGAGUGUUUUUUGAAUUUCAGCAGACUCAAAUAGAUUUGGAGAAGCAGCAACGAUUACUUGUGGCAUUAGAGUUUUCGAAUUUGUCGAGCUUGCUAACAAAUAGUUCUGAUAGUACCAACAAAUAUGAAAACAAAUUGGCGGAGCUUCAACUUGAUAUUGAUAAAGUGACGCACGAGAUUGAAAGUCUAAACGAAGAUUUGGCUCAAGUGAAAGCAGCCAGGGAGAGAAAUAUGAAUAAAGAUGGCGAACUAAAUGCUCUAGAACAAAACGAGUCCCGAUUGGCAAAUGAACUUGCUAGACUUACAACUCAGAGGACUUUGGCGAAAGAAGAAUUAGACAGUUUGUUAAGCAAAAAGCAACUGCUCUUUAUAAAAAAGAAGGAAUUGGAGAACUUAACGAAUGAAACCAAACUAUCAUAUGAUGAACAUCAAAAAAGACUUGAGGAAGCAAAAAGCAACUUGGCACGAUGCAAGGAAAUUUACGAGAAAAAAGAGGAAUUGUUAGCUGGGUUAAGUACAGGCUUAUCUGCAAAAGGUAAUGUGGCAACCGGAUAUAGUGCUGAACUUGCAGAACUUAAAAAUAAGUUGCAUCUGUCUAAAAACUUGAUUAAUCAACACAAAUUUAAAAUUGAACAUCUUCAACGCGAAAACCAAGCUGAUGAGCCCAAACUUUUUGAGGCAAAAAAAGAAUAUGAACAUUUUGUUAGCAAGAUAAAGACGAUAAAGGAGGAGAUUACUUUUCGCGAAGAAAAAUUGCAACAAUCAAUGGGAGAUUUUGUAGGCGAUACAAAUCCCAACGAGCUUCGAGAUCGAGAGGAAAGAUUACAUUAUGAGCAAGAUAGACUUUAUAAUCAGCUCAAUCAUAUGAAGAAUAAUCUACGCGGGUUAGAGUUUAACUACGAGCGUCCAUCUCAAGACUUUGAUGAUCGGUUGGUUCGAGGUGUAGUUGCCCAGCUUUUUGAGUUACCCGAGGACUCGCACGACAAGGCUAUUGCUUUGCAGCAGUGUGCAGGAGGAAGACUUUACAAUGUGGUGGUUGACACUAGUGAAGUUGCUUCUCAAUUACUUGAGAGAGGGAGAUUACGAAAAAGAGUAACCAUGAUACCACUUGACAAGAUAAACCCAGCUGUUAUUGGCUCGGCUACAAUCGGCCAUGCAGAACAAAUUGCUCCUGGAAAAGUUCAACUUGCUUUGAGUUUGGUUAAUUAUCAUAGGGAUCUCCACAAGGCUAUGCAGUAUGUAUUUGGAACAACAUUUAUCUGUGAUGAUCCUAAUACUGCGAAAGCAGUGACCUUCCAUCCACAAGUGAGGGCAAGGUCAAUUACUAUUGAAGGCGAUACUUAUGAGCCUGAAGGGAAUAUCUCUGGUGGUUCAAGAAGGAAUAAUUCUGCUUUAUUAUUGGCUGUGAAAGACUAUAACAAGUUGUCUCAGAAAUUAAAAGUUGUCGAUAAAGAGGUGAGUGCGGUUAGGGAUCAAUUGACUCAAUGGGAAAAGACUCAGCAUGCAACUAGUGGACUUCGAAACGAGAUACAGAUGAAGAAACACGAACUUGCGCUCCUUGAAAGAAAGCUUGAAACUAAUAAAUCAGUAUCUCUAAUUAGGGCCGUGGAAACAAGACAACAGGAGAUUCUGGCACUCGAAGCAGAAAUUGAAGAGCACAAAAAAAUUUCCGCUCAAUUACAACAAGAAAUUACAAGCACUGAAAAGGAUUUAAAUGAAUUUAAUAAUGACAAGUCGUCAAAAUUGGAAAGCUUAAAAAUUGAAGUUGGAAAGUUGAAAAAGGAAUAUGAAUCGAAAAAAGAAUUGUUAGCCAACGAAACCGAAAAUUUCCAAGUUCUUCAAUGGGAGUCUGAACAACGUUGUUCCGAGCUCGAAGAAAUUGCACAGGAAUUGCAUACUAUGGAGCUGGCGUUGGGGCAAUCUGAAACCAAGGAAUCUGAAGAUCAGGAUAAACAGGAAAAUUUAGAGAGAGAUUUAGCAAUGGUGAGGGCUAAGAUAGAAGAUGAGAAAAAUAGUUUAGCUGGUCUAGACGAAGAAUUUAAUGAGUUGACAAGGAUCAUUGCCCUGAAAACCAAAAGAGUUGAAAACCACAAAAUUAAGAUAAAGUCAGUUCAAUUUGAGCUCGAGAAGGCAAGAAAUGCAACCUCUUCGUUGAAGGAAAGAUUAGAUUUGAUUAUGGGUGAGUUUGAGUGGGUGAUGGAUGCAAGAUCUGUUGAAAAAACAAUCGAGCAGCAUCCAGGUGUAAAUUAUGACGAGGUCAAGAGCCAAGUAGCUAAACUUGAUGAAAAGUUUCAGAGCAUGAGACGCAAGGUGAAUGUCAAUAUCAUGAGUAUGAUUGAGGAAAACGAAAAACGAGAGGCUUCUUUAAAAUCCAAAGUGAAGAUUAUCGAAAAGGAUAAGAAAAAAAUUGAAACAACUAUUGCAAAGUUGAAUGGAGAGAUCCGCAAGGCAUUAAAUGCUACUUAUCAAAAAGUGUCUGAGGAUUUUGGGCAAAUUUUUGCAGACUUGCUUCCAGGGUCCUUUGCUAAAUUGGUACCAGUGGAUAUGAUGGAUGUGACAAAAGGAUUGGAAGUCAAAGUGAAGUUAGGUUCAGUGUGGAAAGAGAGUUUGGUUGAAUUGUCCGGUGGACAGAGGUCUCUCAUAGCUCUUUCUUUGAUCAUGGCACUAUUGCAGUUUAACCCGGCGCCCAUGUACAUCUUGGACGAAGUUGAUGCAGCAUUGGAUUUGUCUCAUACUCAAAACAUUGGUCAUUUGAUCAAGACAAGAUUCAAAGGGUCUCAGUUCAUUGUGGUAUCAUUGAAAGAAGGCAUGUUUACCAAUGCAAAUCGAAUCUUUAGAACGAGGUUCCAAGAUGGAACAUCCGUGGUUUCAGUUAUGUAG